AUGGCUCUGCGACGGCUGGCGAUCGCUCUGGCCGCGCUGGUCUCGAAUGCGGCUGCAAGCACUGCCCUCGACUCACGACAGGCCUCACAACCCAAAUCCGCAACCUUCGUUUCCAGCGCCAGCCCCUGGGACGCUAAUUUGACCUUUUCGCUCACGGCCACCAACACCGAUGAUGCCGUCGAUCUCUACCUCCAUCUCAGCGCGCCCGACGACUGUCAAUGGGUUGCUGUCGGCGUCGGCGCCCGCAUGAAGGACGCUCUGAUCUUUCUCGUGUACCACGAUUCGAGCGGUAACAACGUUACCUUUUCUCCGCGUGUUGCCACUGGCGAAAGUGAGCCCACUUACCGCUCCUCUAUCGCUUGCUCCGUGUACCAGGGAGAAGAUACUCCCCGUGUUGGCAUUCUGGAGGACCCUGACACCGACGGGGAUCGCUACUCGGUCAAUGCUCACUGCAGGGACGUCAAAUCAUCCGUACCGGAGCUCGCUCUAGAUCUAAGCUCCAAAACACAGCCCUUCAUCUAUGCCAUCGGACCCUGGAGCCAUGGCCUGUACUCGGAUUCGAAGAGAGCGGGGAUCCGCCGCCAUCGAUACUAUGGCGGGUUCACCAUGGACAUGACGGUGGCGACUGAACCCAAUGCCACUGACGCUGGCAAGGCGUUUGGCACGCAGAUGAAGGACGCCACUCCGCGAGAUGGACCGCAUGAGGACGAUGGCAGCCGCGGAUCCGGCACACACGCCGUAUUCAUGUGCGGUACCUUCUUGUUCAUCUUCCCGAUUGGCGUCGUCCUCCUACGCAGCUUCGAGCGGGUCAAGUGGCACGCCGGUACACAGACGGGAGGCUUGCUAGUAGUGUGCGCCGGCGUUGGCCUUGGCAUCUGGGUCAGUAAAUUUUAUAACAAGUCCAAGAAGUUCGACUCUGUCCAUCAGAUCAUCGGUCUGAUAGUCUUUGCUCUGCUGUUCGUCCAGCUUGGCCUCGGAUGGUUCCACCAUCGCAUCUUUAUGCGUUCGCAAUCACCGACGAUGAUGGGGACUAUCCAUCGCUACCUUGGCCCCUCGGUCCUGGGCGCCGGCUUGGCAAACGGUUUCAUCGGAUUCCGAUUUGCGGGCGCAGGACGAAGCAAUAUCAUUUACCUGCUGCUUGUGCUGGUCAUGUUCGUGAUCCUGAUUGUGGGGGUGUGGUAUAAAAGAAGAAAGGAUAGGAGGAAAGCGGCGGCUGCACACUUGGGGCCUCCAGCGGGGCCGCCUCCGCCUGCAAACACGGCGCCUCCGCCCUACAGCGGGCCGGAUCCAUCAGCUCGUGCGGGCGCAUACGCAGAGUCGCAGGCGUCGCGCAGCGACAUUGCGCUGGGAGACAUGGGGCAGAACAACCGGGACUUGUAUUAUGAGCAGCCAACGCAGCCCAGGGCGAUGGUGUAG